AUGGGAGCAAUUAAGUCAAUGAUAAUUCUGGCCCAUCUGGGACUCGUGACAGCCCAGACCGCCAUCACGGUCAACCUCGGAACAACAUAUCAAACAAUCGAUGGAUUUGGAUUCUCGCAGGCGUUUGGCCGUGCCAAAGAGUUCGAGAACCUAGGAGAUACAGCGGUCAGGAGGCAAGGGCUGAAUUUCCUAUUCAACACCACCACGGGCGCCGGCUUCUCCAUCAUCCGCAACCGCAUCGGCUCUGGAGGGUCGGGUGAUAGCAUCCUGCCCACCAGCCCCGGGUCGCCGAGUGGAACUCCCGCGUACUCAUGGAACAACGACGAUUCCGGACAGGUUUGGCUGAGCCGGGAGGCCAUGAAUUACGGCGUUAAGACCAUUUAUGCCGACGCCUGGAGCGCGCCUGGGUUUAUGAAGACCAACGGCGAUCAGAGCAACGGGGGCUAUCUGUGUGGGACGACGGGACAUUCGUGCAGCUCUGGUGACUGGAGACAGGCCUACGCCAACUUCCUGGUCAAGUAUGUCCAGUACUACAAGGAUGCAGGAAUUCCAGUCACCCAUCUUGGCUUCUUGAACGAGCCAGACUAUACAGUCAGCUACUCGUCGAUGCUGAUCAAUGUCAACAAUCCCGUUGAGGUGACGUCCUUCCUGCCCACCCUCGCCUCGACGCUGCAGUCGGCGGGGCUCGACACCCAGGUCAAGAUCGCAUGCUGCGACACGAUCGGCUGGGCCAACGCCAAGACGGUGACAGGCCGCCUCAUCUCGGCCGGUAUGGAGAAGUACCUGGGGCUCCUGACCUCUCACAUGUACACCGGCGACCCGAACUCGGCAAUCACAGGCACGAAGCUGCCCGCCUGGAUGACGGAGGGGGCGGACCUCAAUAGCCGUUGGUGCACGACUUGGUACUCGAGUGGGGGCCUCUGCGAGGGACUUACGUGGGCGAACAAGGUCGCCACCGGAAUCCUUGGUGCGAACCUCUCUGGUUAUAUCUACUGGCAAGGGCUCGAAGUCAAUCAAGGCCAGGCGUCCAGCUACCUAGUCGCCGUUCUCGACGGCGCGAAUGCUAUACCCUCCGGUCGCCUCUGGGCACUAGCCAUGUGGUCACGGUUUAUCCGACCGGGGGCUGUCCGCGUUGGCACUUCGGGGACCAUCUCGAGCGUCGCUAUCGGAGCCUUCAAGAACACAGACGGUUCUGUCGUCGUGGUCUUUACGAACUCGGGCGGAUCAGCCCAGUCCGCCAAGGUCUCCUUCAAUGGCUUCACCCCUUCAGCUGCGUCAGCCUGGCUCACUGAUAAUUCGCACUCUGUCGCUUCGACGGCUGCCACGCUUUCUGGCGGCGCUGUGACAGUCUCGCUUCCGGCUCGUUCUGUUGUGACGGUGAAGCUGACAUAG